CUGGAGGGGGAAGUUCCCAAGUUUGUUUCUCCCUCCAGUCAGCUGAUAUCAUGCUCUGGUUUAGAGAGCAGCGGGCCUUCGCAGUUGCGAGCUUCUUUUCUAACGGUCGCUCACUUGUUCCUACGCAACGUGCCUUCCGCGCUCGCUUUGAAAUUCCUCCUCACAGACUCGUUCCUGGCCGUAAUUCAAUUCUGUCGUGGUUUAACUCAUUUCGGGAAGCAUUAUGAUCCCGUUUCAAAGUAUGUAGUUAGCACUAAUGAGAUGGUGACUUGGAGCGCGUACUGUGAGCGUCAGAGACGGAUGCGUGUGAGUGAGGCUGGUGUCGCUCUACACGUCGCGCCUCCGCCUCGCGCCGUACCAACUGAUAGGAGGCAACAAGGUCCACCGAGACAUGACGACAUGCCGCCAGGGAUGCAGAAUAACUACCAGUCCAGAGAGAAUACUAUACAGUACCUGCAGUAUGAUGACAAUGUUUACCAAGGGUUAUAUCAUAGAGCCCGUUUGAGUGAGGAAUCGAGUGAGAGAGUAAUGAGUGAGUGA